AUGGGAAGAAAGCGAAGCGCCAAGACGCGCCAGCGCGAGGCUGAGCGUCGCAAGCAGUUGCAGCAGCACGGCGUGAAGGUGCUAGGCAUGGGGAUGAAGAAGAAAUCCGGUGCAAACAGGAAGAACAAGAACGCGCGGGCGUUGCUGGAUGAACAAGUGCUUGCAGGACACAACCCGUUUGCCACCAAGCGCAACUCCGGCAAAUCUAUCAAGCUCCGCCAGAAGACCUUGCUUCACGACUACAAAUCCCGCUCCAAAUCAACGCGCUUUGCAGAUCGCCGCCUUGGCGAGAACGAUUCUGACCUUGCGGUGGAAGAUCGUGCCCUACUUCGCGUGGCCAAAGAGCGCGCAAAGUCCUUCAAAGGCAACUCCAAAUACAACAUCGACUUGGAAGGCGAUGAAGAAGGCUUCGAAGAACGCGAGGAGCUGCUGCCGUCAGACGACGACGAGAUGUUUCAGGAGCAGGAGGAGGCGCUGACGACGGAGCAGAUUGCGGACAUGGCGCGGUUUGGCGGCAUGACCAGGCGGCGCGGCGCCGAGGACCGCGUGCGGAUGCUGGAGGAAGAGAUGGCGAAGAAGCAGCAUGAGAUGAACGACCCGCUGCAAGAGCUCAAGGACCUGGACGCAGAGUACGGUGAGAUGGAGCAGGAGGUGGUGCGCGCCGCCAACGCCGCCGUCAAGGCCGGCCGGGUGCCCGAGGAGCGGCAGACGUCGGACUUUGAUCAGCUCGUGCUGCAGCUGCAGAUGGAGCCCAGAAACGAGGCCAGCAACCACAUUAAGACACAAGAGGAACGCGACAAGGAAUAUCAGAAGAAGCUGGAGCGUCUCGAGAAAGAGCGAAUCAGGCGAAUGGCGGAUGAUGGUACGGGCGCCGAUGACGACGACGCAGGCAUCCUCGAUGUGCCUGCACACCACCGCAAGGCAUCAAAGAAGGCAAAGACCAAGGGCGGCGACACAAAGGAGCUGAAAGUGCUGUCACCAGAAGCAGAGCUUGCUGAUCUGCCGCUCCCUGAGCUGUUGAAGAAGCAUCUCCUCGCCAUCCCCACGGGCGCAGGCAAAACAGACACCCUCACGCGCCGGUACAACCUGCUGUGGACGGCUAUCGAGAAAUAUGUGAGCGCCACGAAAGCAAGCGACUUGGCGCCCAUCAACAGAGCAAUCAGAACCCUGUUUGAGAUGACACAGAGCAUUCCGCGACCGGCCGCUCACUGGUGUCGUGCGUGGUGCCAAUCGCUCCACCAACAGCUCGCAGCCAAGACAAACCCAAACUACCCGCGCCUCAGCCACCUCAUCGUCCUCCAGCUGUUCCCGAUUCUGUUCCCGUCAACGGACUUCCGCCACCCCGUGAUGACGCCAGCAUUCCUCAUCAUGUCCUGCCUCCUCACGUCUUGCAACGUCGCCUCCCUCAGAAACAUCGCCGCAGGGCUUCACAUCACCACGUGCUACUUGGAGGCCAUACGUGAAGCGAAACGCUUCGUCCCUGAAGCCGUCACAUUCCUCACCAGCACCCUCCUCCUCACUAGCAGCAAGUAUUCGCGGGUUGAGUGCCUGCCGCCAUUCCAAAAGCUGUCAGCGUCAAAGAAGGCCAUGCUUGCAUGCAAGUCUCCGCCUACGACAGACAGCACACCGAAGCUGUCGCUGCGGCUGCUGCAAGUUGGUGCAAAGGAGAUGGAGGAAAGCGAGGAAGAGAUCAAGCAGCAGCUCAUCUACACGGCGCUGCGCCUCCUCUCCACCGCCUUCUCCAUCUACUCCAGCUACACAGCUGUGUUUGAUGGCUGCAAGCACGUGCUGCCUUGCCUGCGGGACAUUGCGUCCUCCAAUAACCAUCCGCGAACCACUCGCAACCUGAGCACACGCCUCGCCGACAAGAUUGAGCAGCAGACGACCGACACGCGCCACCACCUGCAGUUGCAGGCGCACCGGCCCGUGCCGCUGCCAGAACUCGUCCCCGAGUUCAACGAGGUCUUCAUCGACCGCAAAGGACGCAAGAUCUCUGGCGAGGAGCGCGACAUUGCGCGGCUGCAACACCAGUACAAGAAGGAGCGCAAGGGCGCCAUCAAGGAGCUGCGCAAAGACACCAAAUUCCUCGCCCGCGUUCGCCUGGAGGAGCAAAAGGAGAGAGACGCAGAGAGGUGGGCCAAGGUCAAAGAGGUGGAGGCUCUCAUGGCAGAGAGCAGACACGAGGAGAAGAUGCUCAAGCGCCCACGCCGCAGGUAGCUCUACACGUUGUCGCCAUCGGUGUGCAUGUCAAGUUCCACGCGUGCACAUGUGUGUGUGCGUAUGUGUGUGUGUGCGUAUGUGUGUGUGCGUGUGCUUCUGUGUGCGUGAGCCUCUGUGUGUGUGUGUGUGCGUCUCCUACACAGUGGUGGCAUUCGUAUGUUUGCUGUUGUCUAUUCUGAAUGAAAGAAGCCGAC